ACCUUCCCGCCGAUGCACGAGCAGGGUGCGGAUUAAGAUAACCUACACAUCUCCAGCACUCGCGAUUUCACCUUCGUCUCCCCUUCCACCUCUGAAUCAUCUAUGGCGAUGACCGACGCCCGGACCGUUAAGAUUAUUCCUCUUCACCACCCUAGUGGGACGUCAUCUUCUUCUGUUUCAUGUUCUCGGCCUUCUGCUCUUUUCUCUCGGUGGCUAACCAAGAUGAAACGUAUGUCUUUAGCUCAGUGUAUUGAGACGUUCUUGCCUUGCUUCCGUUGGAUUAGGACUUAUAAAUGGCGCGAGCAUUUUCAGGUUGAUCUCAUGGCUGGUAGCACCAUCGGUAUUAUGCUCGUGCCGCAGGCAAUGUCUUAUGCCAAGUUGGCUGGGCUUCAACCAAUUUAUGGACUAUACUCUGGUUUUGUGCCAGUAUUUGUGUAUGCCAUUUUUGGGUCAUCUCGGCAACUGGCAACUGGUCCUGUGGCAUUGGUUUCUCUCCUAGUCUCUAACGUCUUAGGUGGAAUUGUUGAUUCAUCUGAUGAGUUAUACACGGAACUUGCUAUACUAUUAGCUCUAAUGGUUGGAAUUCUGGAAUGCAUCAUGGGGCUUUUGAGGCUUGGAUGGCUUAUACGCUUCAUUAGCCACUCUGUGAUUUCUGGCUUCACAACUUCAUCGGCCAUUGUGAUUGCAUUAUCUCAAGCAAAGCACUUUUUGGGAUAUGAUGUUGUACGGAGCAGCAAGAUUGUACCAUUAGCAAAGAGCAUAAUAUCUGGAGUGGAUAAGUUCUCGUGGCCUCCUUUUGUGAUGGGAUCUAGCAUUCUUGCUGUACUUCUGUUCAUAAAGCAUUUGGGAAAAUCAAGAAAGCAAUUUGGAUUCCUUCGAGCAGCGGGACCCCUCACAGCAGUCAUUUUGGGUACAACUUUUGUGAAAAUAUUUCACCCAUCUUCUAUUUCUUUGGUAGGAGAGAUACCCCAGGGUCUCCCAAGGUUCUCUAUUCCCAAAGGGUUUGGGUAUGCUAAGUCUUUAAUCCCCACAGCGAUGCUUAUUACUGGUGUAGCCAUAUUGGAAUCUGUGGGGAUUGCAAAGGCUUUAGCAGCAAAGAAUGGGUAUGAGCUGGAUUCAAGUCAGGAGUUGUUGGGUCUUGGUUUAGCAAAUAUCUUUGGCUCAUUCUUCUCAGCAUACCCUGCAACAGGUUCUUUUUCUAGGUCAGCUGUAAGUAAUGAAAGUGGGGCAAAAACUGGUUUGUCUGGAAUUAUUACUGGCAUCAUCAUGGGCUGUGCUCUUCUAUUCUUGACUCCAUUAUUUGAAUACAUUCCCCUGUGUUCUCUGGCUGCUAUAGUAAUCUCUGCUGUAAUGGGCCUGGUGGAUUACGAAGAGGCUUUCUUCUUAUGGCGUGUAGAUAAGAAAGAUUUUCUUCUUUGGACCAUUACUAGUGCUACAACUUUGUUCCUGGGCAUUGAGAUUGGUGUCCUUGUUGGGGUUGGUGCGUCAAUUGCUUUUGUUAUAAGUGAAUCAGCGAAUCCACACACUGCUGUAUUGGGCCGUCUUCCUGGCACUACUGUUUACAGAAACAUCCAACAGUAUCCAGAAGCAUAUACUUAUAAUGGGAUUGUGAUGGUUCGCAUUGAUGCACCAAUCUAUUUUGCCAAUAUAAGUUACAUAAAGGACAGACUAAGGGAGUAUGAACUUGGUGUUGACAAAUCUACCAGACAUGGACCAGAAGUUGAAAGAAUUUAUUUUGUGAUUUUGGAGAUGUCACCUGUUACCUACAUAGACUCCAGUGCUGUUCAAGCGUUGAAAGACUUGCAUCAGGAGUAUAAAUCGCGGGAUAUUCAGAUUGCUAUUUCCAAUCCCAACCGAGAAGUUUUGUUGACCUUAACAAAAGCUGGGCUUGUACAGCUGAUUGGCAAAGAAUGGUACUUUGUGAGAAUGCAUGAUGCGGUUCAAGUUUGUCUUCAGCAUGUUCGGAGCAUUAACCAAGAAACAAAGCACCCGGAUCCAUUACCUGUCGAUGAACCAGAUAUCUUCCGCAGGCUAUUGAACCAAAUAGAGGAGGAUUUAUCAGUUGCAAAGUUGGAGUCAGGUGAUAUUACCGACUCUCAACUGGAACCACUGUUGUCUCGGUCUCAGAAGUCAUGAAAAAUUGAUUUAUAAUUUCAGCAAUUAUACUAUUGCCCAUUUCAUCAAGGCAGUGGCUUAUAUAUGUUGGCAAGGUUUGAUUGUUUUCUUCUAAAUAUUGUCUAUUAUUGUCACAUUUCCUUAUAAUCCAUUGUUGUAAUAUUUUAUUAUAAUGUAUCAUUUGAUUCUUCAAGCUAGUGGUAAGAUUUGUAUUGUUGCAGUGUAAUACUCUGCUAUAAAGUUUGCUUUCUGCAGCAGAAAUUGUCUUUUUUUUUUUAUU